AUGAUCCUGAGCAGUUUUGUAAAGAAGUUGUCGAGGAGCUUAUCAAGCAAAGAGAGGUAGCAUUUAUGUCACACCUUUAUACAAAGUUUAUCAACAUAGUACAAAGAGUUGAGGGAUUAGAUGCAGGAAGCUUCUAAUUCAAUUCAGAUUGAAAGAAAGACUUCUUCAUUCUUAUCCACAACUUGUAUUUAUUACACUAAAGAGGCGAAAUGUUAGUGAAAUUGUCUUCCCAGAGAAUUUGUGUCCGAUCGAUUUGGAGGAAUAUGAUCCUAAUUUGUACCCCAGCAGUGAGAGUACGUGAUUACGAUGAUAAUAACACGGAUGAAUCGAAUGACAUGAAAGCAAAUGAAUACGUUGCUAAUGACGCAAGUCUUGUUUUAUGCUUCCAUGUUACUAAAGGGAAAGAUAGGCAGUAUACAAGGACUUGGGGUUCCAUGGCCUCCUGUGGCUGCGAACAUCAGUAUUGAAAAUGUUCAGGAAAUUGUUGCACCAAGUUUAUAUAAUUUCUUCACUUGAACUCUUGGAUAUUCUGAUGAAGUGCAGAUUCUUAUGUAGCUGUUACUGACAAAAAGAAAUCAAGAAUAUUUUCACUGGUACAGGACAUGAUCUGUAUUUCAUCUAAUGGAAAUAAUUUUACGCCUAAGUCUUUGUCAUUAACAAUGGCCAUGAGGCAGUUAACCGGAUCAUCAAAAGUCGUUAACCUGUUAAAUCAGUUCGGUCAUUGUAUGACCAACAACUUCGCACUAUCCCAUGCAUGAAACAGGGUUAGCCGAAUUAAGCAUAUAAUAAAGGGGUUGUUCCAGCUGGUGUCAGAAAAAAAACCCCAGAAUAUUGCAAUAGCUUGGGACAAUGACGAUUUUUUAGAAGACACAAAAACAGGAAAGGAAACAACUCAUGUAGCAGGGGCUAUCAUAAUACAAAGAGAACAUGGAGAAAUCGAAAGUCAGACUACAUCAAGAGAAAACAUCCCCAAAGCAUCAUCCCUAUAUCAUGUUCCAGAUCAAAUUGCUCCUUAUACUCUGGGGAAAAAAGUGACAGUUGAUCUCCGCAACGCUCUUGAAGACAUUGAUCUUAGUGAGAAAGCUCAUGAACAGCCACAAAGUUAUGGAAAUAAGCUUGAGUUUUCAUUUAUCGUGAAUCGCAUGAUGCAAACUGACACUCAUUUACCUAACUGCAUUGGAAAAGUUACAACACAUUACUGUGAACUACUAAAAAAUUAA